AUGCCCAGCAAACAGCACGCGGUUGCAAGCACGCGCGCUCCAUCGAAAUUCAGAAUCCCCUCAUUUCCGCCCCUGCUUCCCCUCCUUUCCCCCCACGCAUCCCCUCAUUUCCGCCCCUGCUUCCCCUCCUUUCCCCCCACGCAUCCCCUCAUUUCCGCCCCUGCUUCCCCUCCUUUCCCCCCACGCAUCCCCUCAUUUCCGCCCCUGCUUCCCCUCCUUUCCCCCCACGCAUCCCCUCAUUUCCGCCCCUGCUUCCCCUCCUUUCCCCCCACGCAUCCCCUCAUUUCCGCCCCUGCUUCCCCUCCUUUCCCCCCACGCAUCCCCUCAUUUCCGCCCCUGCUUCCCCUCCUUUCCCCCCACGCAUCCCCUCAUUUCCGCCCCUGCUUCCCCUCCUUUCCCCCCACGCAUCCCCUCAUUUCCGCCCCUGCUUCCCCUCCUUUCCCCCCACGCAUCCCCUCAUUUCCGCCCCUGCUUCCCCUCCUUUCCCCCCACGCAUCCCCUCAUUUCCGCCCCUGCUUCCCCUCCUUUCCCCCCACGCAUCCCCUCAUUUCCGCCCCUGCUUCCCCUCCUUUCCCCCCACGCAUCCCCUCAUUUCCGCCCCUGCUUCCCCUCCUUUCCCCCCACGCAUCCCCUCAUUUCCGCCCCUGCUUCCCCUCCUUUCCCACCACUCAUCCCCUCAUUUCCGCCCCUGCUUCCCCUCCUUUCCCCCCACGCAUCCCCUCAUUUCCGCCCCUGCUUCCCCUCCUUUCCCCCCACGCAUCCCCUCAUUUCCGCCCCUGCUUCUCCACCUUUCCCCCCACGCAUCCCCUCAUUUCCGCCCCUGCUUCCCCUCCUUUCCCCCCACGCAUCCCCUCAUUUCCGCCCCUGCUUCCCCUCCUUUCCCCCCACGCAUCCCCUCAUUUCCGCCCCUGCUUCCCCUCCUUUCCCCCCACGCAUCCCCUCAUUUCCGCCCCUGCUUCCCCUCCUUUCCCCCCACGCAUCCCCUCAUUUCCGCCCCUGCUUCCCCUCCUUUCCCCCCACGCAUCCCCUCAUUUCCGCCCCUGCUUCCCCUCCUUUCCCCCCACGCAUCCCCUCAUUUCCCUCCCUGCUUCCCCUCCUUUCCCUCCCGGCAUCCCCUCCUGUCCCCCCCCCCCACAGCAUCCCCUCAUUUCCCCCCCUGCAUCCCCUCCUUCCCCUCCCUGCAUCCCCUCCUGUCCUCCCCCCCACAGCAUCCCCUCCUUUCCCUCCCUCACUUCCCCCCUCUGCUUGCCCCUUUUCCUCUCCAUCCCCUCUCCUACCUUCACUCUCCUUCCGUAUCCAUUUUCUUCCCUCACUCGUCCAUUUUCCUCCCUUCCCUCUCCUCCCCCGUCCAACCUCCUCCCUUUUCUCUCCUCCUCGUCAUUUCUCCUCCCUUCCAUCUCCUCUCUCAUCCAAUCUUCUUCUAGCCCCCUGUUCCCUACCUCGACCAAUCUCCUCCCUUGCUUCCCCUAUUUUUCCACCCUCCUUUUCCUAAUUCCCCCCCUGCUCUUCAUUAGAGUCCACCUUUGCUUACCAUUUCCUUUCACCCGUGCUAGCCCUCCUCCCCCAUGUUCCUUCCCCUCCAGCUUAUACUCUGUUUCUCCCCUCCUUUCUGGUUUGUUUUCCCCCUGCUACCCUAUCGUAUGCACUGCCAUUGGUGCAGUCACUAGCAGGGCGUGUGGUGCGGGCGGUGAUAGUGCUGCCCGCCAGAGACCUGGAUGCCUAGGUGGGUAA